CUGACUAGUCAACUGUAUUAAAUAUUUUUUCUUUAAUAUACAUGUACAUAUGAUGUCUUGUGUUAACUAAGACUUUGUUUACAUUUCAUCCAUUGGUGACUGCAUCCAGCUAGCUGAAGUAAUAUUUAAUUAAAAAGUUGCAACAUGGCUGAAGCUCAUUCUGCCGUAGCCUUCUCCUUUUCAGUAACGCCAGAAGGUUUGGAUGUCAAGCUCAACCAUGAGGCACUCAAAGCUGUCUGGAGAAGUGGUUUCAGAUCAGCUAAAAAACGGGUUGGCAGAAUGCAGAACCAGUUUAAAAAUGGAACCUAUCCUGCCACUCCUACUAGUUGGUUGUUUAUAGCAACGAUUGUUUUAGCCUUAAAGAUUGGAGGAUUUGAUCCUUCUCUUGGUUUAAUAGAAUCUCAAGAUAAAUAUGUAGCUGCAGUAUUUACAGACCAAUCUCCUGCCAUUGUACAUUACAUCAGCUGUGUUUUAUAUGCAACUUAUUUAUGGUUAGCAAAGAUAAUUAUCAUCAAAUGGUCAUUACGGGUAUUGCUAAGAUAUCACAAAUGGAUGUAUGAAGCAAGAGGACCAAUGUCAUUAAAAACCAAAAUUUGGAUUGUUACUGUUAAGAUAUUAGGAGGAAGAAAACCUUUAUUGAUGAGCUAUCAGUUCUCAUUACCAAAGUUAUUUGUGCCUUCAGUGAAAGAGACAGUCAAUAAGUAUUUAAGAUCAGUAAAACCACUGAUGGAGGAUGAAAAAUAUCAAAGAAUGGAAAAACUCAGCAAGGAAUUUCAAGAAGGAACAGGGAAAAAGUUUAACAGAUAUCUUGUACUCAAAUCAUGGUGGGCUACUAAUUAUGUAUCAGAUUGGUGGGAGGACUAUGUCUACCUUAGUGGAAGAUCACCUAUAAUGGUAAACAGCAACUUUUAUGCAAUUGAUGCAGUAUUGCUCCAUCCAUCAAAGGUACAGGUAGCCAGAGCUGCUAAUAUAAUCCAUGCCAUGCUUCAGUAUAGGAGAGAUUUAGACAAAGAAUCGCUAAUGCCUUUGAUGCUCAACAAAACAGUGCCAUUAUGUUCAGCUCAGUAUGAAAGACAGUUUCAGACAACAAGAAUCCCUGGUAUUGAAAAAGAUACCAUUGUGCAUUAUAAGGACAGUCAACACAUAGCUGUUUAUCACAAGGGAAGAUACUUUAAAGUAUAUAUCCAUUUCCGAGGUAGACUUCUUAAACCAUGUGAAAUUGAAGUGUCACUGCAAAAGAUUCUAGAUGAUGAUGCUGAACCUGCAGUCGGAGAAGAACAUCUGGCAGCAUUAACAGCUGGUGACAGAGUACCAUGGGCUAAAGCUAGACAAGAAUAUUUCUCAAAAGGCAAAAAUAAAGCUUCUUUGGAUGCUAUUGAAAAGGCUGCUUUUGUAUUGGCUUUAGAUGAGGAACCUCAAGAUUUUGAUGAAAACGAUCCUUCUAAGCUGGACAGAUUUGCUAGAUCAAUGUUACAUGGAAAAGGACAUGACAGAUGGUUUGAUAAGUCAUUUACAUUAGUUGUGGCAUCAAAUGGAAGGAUUGGUUUCAAUGCUGAACAUUCAUGGGCGGAUGCACCAAUUAUGGCCCAUCUCUGGGAGUUUUCCUUGAGUGAAGAAUUCCAGAUGGGAUAUACAGAUGAUGGCCAUACAAUAGGUACAGCAGAAAUCUGUCCAAAUCCUAUUAAAUUAGAAUGGGAAUUUCCAAAGCCUUGUUUACAGGUAAUAGAGAACAGUUUGGAAGUUGCUAAACAGCUCCUGAAUGAUGUUGAUCUGCAUUUACUAUACCAUAAUCAGUAUGGAAAAGGCUUUAUGAAAUCUGUCAAGAUGAGUCCAGAUGCAUACAUACAACUUGCAUUACAGUUGGCCUACUACAGAACAGCAAAGAAAUUUGACUUGACCUAUGAAUCAUCCAUGACCAGGUUGUUUAGGGAAGGUAGAACAGAGACUGUGCGAUCUUGUACUGUAGAAUCUUGUCAGUUUGCGAAAGCUAUGGAUGACCCAACUGUAACUAAUAAAGAACGUAUAAAGUUAAUGAAUGUUGCAGCAGAGGUGCAUCAGAAAGGUUAUAGAGAUGCUAUGUCAGGACAUGGUAUAGACAGACAUCUCUUUUGUUUGUAUGUUGUAUCCAAAUACUUGGGAGAGGAUUCUCCUUUCCUGACAGAAGUACUCAGUGAACCUUGGAGAUUAUCUACUAGUCAGACACCACAUCAACAGACCAAUAAAUUAGACCUGGUGAAACAUCCAGAACAUAUAUCAGCAGGAGGAGGAUUUGGUCCUGUUGCUGAUGAUGGUUAUGGAGUGUCAUACAUCAUUGCUGGAGAAGAUGUUAUCUUUUUCCAUGUGUCUUGUAAAAAUUCUUGCCCAACAACAGGUGCUAAGAAGUUUGCAGAACAGAUUCAAAAAGCUCUAGCAGAUGUGAAAAAUAUGUUUGAGGCCAAAAAUUCAUGAUGACAGUUUCGUCUAAUGAGAAUUUAUUUCAACCAACCAUGUGAUCAAUUUUAGAUUGAUGUGUUUACUUAAUGGUUUAUUUAUGUUUUUACUGUAUGAUUUAUUGAAUAAGACCAUUUAGAAAAACAAGUUCUGUUUUGCAAGAAGAAUUUUUAUUCAACACCCGCAAAUAUCAUAUGGAUUUUUAGUUUUGGGGAUUAUGUUGAUAAAUCUUGUCAUUUAUUUAUAUAUAAUCAUAUUUUUUGGAUCUUUUCCAUCAAAUUUUUACUAAAUGAGAAAUGAAAAUAAACUAUCAACACAACAUUUAAUGAUUAAAAGCUUUAGCCGUUUAGGAACAAAAUGGUAAUAGUGAAUUGCUUUAUUAAUAGUCUGUAUUUUACUCUUAUUAAACUUUUACAAUUUUAA